GCACAGUGAAGUGUGGAGUCAGAGCAGAGCCGCUCACUGAAUCACUGCAGUCGAGAGGAAUGAAUAAACCGGGCGAGAGAUUCACACUGCGACUGAAUGAGUCCUGAGGACGUUUUCAUCUUCUUCUUCUUGGAUAGCAGAGUUUUCGUCAAGUUUGUCUGCACUUAAGCGCGAGGAUAUUAGCAAACACGUCGCAGAGAAGAAGUGUGGAGCAGAUUUCAGAAAAAGCAACAGCUGGAAGGGAGAGACAUUUACAGGUACAUAUGGGGCAGGGAGAAGCUUCAGCAAGAGGCACAAGCAUGGAGGGGGACUGUCUGAGCUGCAUCAAGUACCUCAUGUUCAUCUUCAACUUCUUCAUAUUUCUUGGAGGUUCUUUCCUUCUAGGGGUGGGAAUCUGGGUGCUGGUGGAUCCGACUGGUUUUCGGGAGAUUGUGGCUGCCAACUCUCUGCUGUUCACUGGAGUCUAUGCAAUUCUGAUCAUGGGCGGGAUGCUGUUUCUACUGGGAUUUCUGGGCUGCUGUGGAGCCAUUCGUGAAAAUAAAUGCCUUCUAUUGUUUUUCUUCAUGCUCAUUCUGGUCAUAUUCCUGGCAGAGCUGGCGGUGGCCAUUCUGGCGUUUAUUUUCCGGGAGCAUCUCACCAGAGAUUACUUCACCAAGGAGCUGAAAACACACUAUCAAGGCACCAACAGCACUGAUGUCUUUACUUCCACAUGGAAUGCCAUUAUGACCACGUUCAAUUGCUGUGGGGUGAACAGCGCUGAAGACUUCGAUGAUCAGAGCCUGUUCAGACGGCUGAACCCCAGCAGAAUAGUGCCGGAGGUCUGUUGCCAGAGAACCGAUCUGAUGAUGAGCAAGGAGGAGUGUCUGAGGGGAAUUAUGCCAAUCCGGAACAAGGGCUGUUACUCGGCAGUGGUGGACUAUUUUGAGACGUACAUCUAUAUGGCUGGAGCGCUUGCGAUCGUGGUCCUGACAAUUGAACUGUUUGCCAUGGUGUUUGCUAUGUGUUUGUUUCGGGGAAUCCAGUAAUGUUUACAUGCUGUAUAUAAAGAUAUUCUGAGGAGGAACAUGGUAUGGCACGGAAGACGGUUUUUAAAUAUGAAAACACUUAUAUAUUUGCCAUCUCUAUGUAUAUUGUCGUGUUGGAAUAUCUGAGAAUUGCCAAAAAUGUGUCAAUUGUACUUCACAGCUGGGACUUUGAGAUACUUGUUUGUGAAAAACAAAAGCAAAACUCAUUAUUAAAUUAAGAGUUGUAUCUAUGGCAGUCCUUCAAGGUCAACGGAGGACACCUUGCACUGAUAUUUGGUUGAAUAUUUAUAGAUAAAAAAAGACUGAUUUGUACCUCUUAUCUACAGUAGAUUCACCACUGCUCCAGAGCCAUGCUUACAAAAUACACUGUGUGAAUGGAAGGGUGUCUGUGAAACAGAGAAGUUUGAUUUAUGUGUGUGUGUUUGUGUUUCUGUAAAAAAGAAUCUGAGAGGCCAGCAGCUUCUAUAAAGUAAUGUUGUUUGUGAGUUGCAACCUUGAAUAUUUUGUGAUUUUACCAAAACUGUGCUGUAUUUGUGUUGUAUAUUGUACACGACAUUGAAUGAUAUUAAAAUAGAAAAGACGAACAUCCUGAGUGCGUAUUUACAUUGUUUUUCUGUAUUGUGUGUAGCUAUUUUAAUAAUAUGUCGAAGCAUUUUAGAUUAUAGCUUCAUUUUGUGGUAUAUUCAAGUACUUCAAAC